AUGGAAAACUUGAAAGCUCCACUGAAGGGCGUUGCAGAGGACGUCCGAGGUCGACUAUCGUGUUAUAAGCAAGAUUGGGUUGUCGGAAUUCGUUCAGGAUUUGGGAUAUUGGCUCCAACUACAUACAUCUUCUUUGCCUCUGCACUUCCUGUCAUUGCCUUUGGAGAGCAACUUAGCAGAGAUACAGAUGGAAGCUUAAGCACAGUUGAGGCAUUAGCUUCUACUGCUAUAUGUGGUAUCAUACACUCCAUACUUGGUGGACAACCUCUUCUCAUAGUAGGAGUUGCAGAACCUACAAUUAUAAUGUACACCUAUUUGUACAAAUUUGCCAAAGGGAGAGAAGAUUUGGGGCAAGCGCUGUUCUUGGCUUGGUCUGGAUGGGUUUGUGUUUGGACAGCUCUCUUGUUGUUUCUCCUUGCAAUAUUCAAUGCUUGCAACAUUAUCAGUAGAUUCACCAGGAUUGCCGGAGAGACUUUUGGCAUGUUGAUUGCUGUUCUUUUCAUUCAAGAGGCUAUCAAGGGAGUGAUAAGUGAGUUCAGAAUUCCGAAAGCUGAGGACCCCAAAUCAGACAAGUAUCAAUUCCAGUGGCUUUACACAAACGGUUUACUGGGAAUCAUAUUUUCAUUUGGCCUCCUCUAUACUGCACUAAGGAGCAGAAGGGCAAGAUCAUGGUGCGUGCCAAGUAAAGUUCCAUCCGGGGUUCCCAGACGACUCUUUAGUCCUCUUCCUUGGGAAUCUGCAUCGUUAAAUCAUUGGACUGUAAUCAAGGAUAUGGGAAAGGUUCCUCCAGUGUACAUCUUUGCUGCCUUCAUCCCGGCUGUAAUGAUAGCAGGACUUUACUUCUUCGAUCAUAGUGUUGCUUCUCAGAUGGCACAACAAAAGGAGUUCAAUCUCAAAAACCCUCCUGCCUACCACUAUGAUAUCUUGUUGCUGGGAUUUAUGACUUUGCUCUGCGGAUUGGUUGGAUUACCGCCUUCAAAUGGAGUACUGCCACAGUCCCCCAUGCAUACAAAGAGCUUAGCAGUUCUCAAAAGGCAGUUCAUUCGAAAGAAGAUGGUGCAUAGUGCCAAGGAAAGCAUAAAGCAGCAAGCUAGCAACUCAGAAAUCUAUGGCAAGAUGCAAUCUGUGUUCGUAGAAAUUGACAAAUCUUCAACUACUACAUCAGUAGUUAAAGAGCUAGAAGAUUUGAAGGUGGCAGUUAUGCAAGGCGAAAACAAUGAAGAAAAUACAAAGGGCUCCUUUGAUCCUGAGAUACACAUUGAUGCCUACUUGCCUGUACGAGUUAACGAACAAAGAUUGAGCAACCUGUUGCAAUCACUCCUUGUAGCUGCAUCAGUAUGCGCUAUGCCUGUGAUAAAAAAGAUACCAACAUCAGUUCUCUGGGGAUAUUUUGCCUACAUGGCCAUUGACAGCCUUCCUGGAAACCAGUUCUGGGAAAGGAUACUGCUUCUCUUCAUUGCACCUGGCCGGCACUACAAGGUCCUCGAAAGGGUUCAUGCUUCCUUUGUGGAGUCGGUGCCAUUCAGAUAUAUCAUCACAUUUACUCUCUUCCAGUUUGUAUAUUUUCUGGUGUGCUUUGGAAUGACAUGGAUACCUAUAGCCGGGAUACUCUUCCCCGUACCAUUCUUCCUUCUCAUAAGCAUAAGACAGCAUAUUCUUCCAAAACUGUUUCAACAACAUCAUCUGCGUGAACUGGAUGCAGCUGAAUAUGAAGAAGUUGUCGGCGCCCCACAACGCUCUCUCAGCCUCUCAUUCAAAGAUGAUGAACCACUUCAUCCUGGAAGUGAGGAAGGCCAACCGGAAAUUUGUGAUGCUGAGAUAUUAGAUGAACUGACAACCAGUAGAGGGGAGUUGAAGCUCAGAACAGUAAGCUUCAGGGAAGAAAAGGGUCUUCAGGUUCAUCCUGGGGAUGUUAUACAAAGAGAGUGA